AUGUCAGAAAACGUGACAGAAAGUGACGCGGGCGCAUCCGCUGCUCUCGCCUCCUCCGGAGCCGCGAGACGCAUCGCGGUGCGGCUGCUCAUCGGAGCAGGCGGAAGCGGCAACCUUGGCGGAAAGUUGAGCGGAAGCGGCGGAAGUGGAAACUUUGCGGCACUUUCCGGUCCCGUAGGGACAACCAGUGGGGUUACCAGCGUUGCCAACAGCAGGCGUGGCGAAAGAUCCAUCGCUAGCGAAACCCCCGUCGCGGGCGGCGGAAGCCCAGACAGCCUCGCGGGGUGGGUAUCGAAUCCCAAGGACACCCGCAGGAGACUUCCGCAGAAGUCUGUUUCUGAGAGCGUGGAACGCGGCACAUCUUCCGGGACGACUGGAAGGAAAGGCCAAGCGAGCGCGUGGGAACAAUGCGACGACCUGAUGGUUGAUUGGCUGGGCUCCGUGGCGGAAUGCGGAUCUUCGGACGAAGCGGGCGGACCAGCGGGGGGAACUGCGCAAGUCGCCGGUCCGCGGCGUGGCGCGCAGAGCGCGCAGCAGGAGGGCCGCGCGGGAGGGCGCGGGGCCUCGGGUGCGCAGGAGGAGCGCGAGAGGCAGCGGGAGCGGAGCGGGGUGGAUCGGCGGAACUUGCUUUUCGCGAGGGAACGAGAGACCAUCCCUCGCGUUUGCUCAGACGAGAUCGCGCCGCGCCACCUUUCCCGCACGAACAGCUGUAUCGACCACCCCCGGCCGGAGCUGGUCGCGACGAAAGAGGAGCUGAUAACGGCCAAGGAGGAGCGCGACGCGCUGGCCAAGGAAAUGGAGGCGCUGCUCGAGUCCCUGUCAGCAUCGCCGCCGGCUGACGUGGCAAAUACAGGCAUGAGCGCCGCGCAGCAGCAGCAGCAGCAGCAGAGGGUGCAGCAGGCGGAAGAGGAGGCACGGCAGCUGCAGUUACUACUUGAAACCGCCAUGGCGGAGAGAGACAUGGCUGUGCGCCUCGCUGCCGCCACAGGAAGACUCCCUGCGGGGCUCAUUCCCUCUUCCAGCGUUGGCAGCAUGGCUCGUUCCUCCAGUGACGAGCCCUCGCCUCGCCUGCGCUUCACUCCCCUGGACGUCCGCUUCCGCACGUCAACCCUCAACUCCCGCUCCAAUUCCCCCUCGCCUGCUACUUCCUCCUCCCCCUUCUCUCCUUCCAUGAACUCCUACUCUCCCUCCGCCUCUUUCUCGCCUUCUGCGGCCUCCUUCUCGCCCUCCUCGUUCUCCCCUUCCAGUUCUCUCACUAACUCCCCCUCGUGUCUGUCUCCUGCCGGCCGCCCGAGUGCGUACGCACCGUCGCCGUUCCGCUCGCACAGCGAAUCUAGUUCGGGCAACCGUGUUGACACCAUAGCCAAGUCGUGGCUCGGCGCCGAACCUGCGGGGCAGCCUCGGCACGGGAUGAUGAGGAGCUCGAGCCGGGGGCUGGUCACAUCAGCCAUACCGAGCAUGGACCCUGGUAGUCCUUCCACCAAUGCUGGAUGGAGGGGAGCAGCGAACGGGGAGGUGCAUGUGGGGAAGGGGCACCUGAGGCGGACUUCAACUGCAGGAGGCGCCAUUGAAGCCAGGCGUGUGUUGGAAUCGCGAUCGCCCAUUUCGAUGAGCCGACCUGGAAGUGCCGAUAUAGGAGCGAUGCAGCAAGGGGCGGAGCAUGCUGUGGGGAGCAAGGCCGUGGAGAAAGGGGCGAAGAAGGGGGGGCUGAAGGGUAUACUUUCGCGCAAGUCCAAGCAAGUGAGAUGGUCGUAUGACUUCGACCAGGAAGGCGGUUUGUGA